AUGGAUUCACUGCUGGAUCCACUCCGCUUUCGCGUCGAUCGCUUACCGACUCCGGCAUUCAUGCCUCGUGAGGACGACUACGCGGAUCUUCUACGCAGCCCCGAUUUCGACGUACGGUUGCAGACCUUCAAUCGUCUGACUGCAGUUUCACGACGAGAUCCUGACUGGUUCUCAAACUGUCCUAGAAAAGGUGAACUAUUCAAAAAUAUUGAUCGAAUAUUGGCAGAAGAUCGAUGGGAGGUACAGCAUCAGUGCAUCAAGUUCCUGCAGGAAGCGAUGCCAACACUUGGAUCGAACCUCGAGUACUGCGUCUGCUACCUCAUGCCAAAUUUAGUCCCAAAGCUGGGCAGUUCGAAGAUCACAGUUCGGAAGAUUUCUGUGCAGACCAUACAGUCAUUUUUGCGACAAAAACCCGAUGCUCUUGGAUCCGUACUGAAAACCCUGUACAACUUCUUGCUCACCUCGACUGAACGAACCACAAAAACAGAAGUGGUUCGUGAAUUCCCGGCCAUGUUCAUUCCAGAGCUGAUCAACUGCGAUUGGUCGAUUCUGCUUGAUGCCCUAACAAAACUCAUGGCAACUUCUGAGAGCGAAUCCGCCGAAUGUGCAGCUAUGGCUGCGAAAAAACUGGAAGUUUAUCUUGGAAAAGACAACUUCAACAGGUUGAUGAGCGAUCUGUCUGCAGCACAACAAAAAGACUACAUAAGAUUCAGCAAAAAUAUUGUGGUUGCGGUAGAACCAGAGCCGGCAACCUCACAAAUCGUUAAUAGAAGCAACAUGAAAAUUGCUUCCGGAGAGCGACGGUUUCGUUUUGGAAUCAUCCCUUCCAUAGUGGCCACAAUGGUCAUUGACAAUUCGAAUUCAGGAACCAGGAUAUCUGGACUAGAAAAGGUUGUGGUUCUAGCACUAGACGUUGUACGACUUACGGUGAACCGGCUAAAAACACAUAUGGAAGUACAUUUACAGCAAACGAUCUCAUUACUCUCUAAACACUUCGGCAAUCAAAAAGCGGUAAUCAAGCAGCUGAUUAUGAUGACCUGUAUGGAUCUGUUUCAAAACGUCAGUCCGAAAGCUGUAGUUGCAGAGCUUUGUGUCUAUGUAGACCACAGAAACUCAAGAGUACGAGAAGAGGUUUGA